CCGCCCCGCAAGCGCGCAGCGUCGCCCGAGAGCGUCGUCGGCUCGUACCUGUCGUCGCACCACUCGGACGAAGCGAGCGAGGGUCCGGGAGACCGUCAAGAAGCGCUCUCGGUUGAACGCGUCUGGGACGAAGAGGCGUCGCCGCUGUCUGUAUCCUCGGUCCUCUCCGACACCGGAUCGAGCUCGUCGAGGCACACUGCGAUCCGCGUCACACCGUCUCGCGCGUCCACGCGGCAGCAGCAGCGGCGGCGGCGACGACUGUCGUCCCCGCCAGCGACCAUACCCGGGUUCAACAUUCCUGAAGACGAGGUCUCUCCCGCGGACUCGAUAUCGCUCGUCGGCGUGAGCGUGCGGGAGCAGGUCGUCGAGCAGACCGCGGAACCGCGCUCCAUGCUGCUCGCGCCUGUCGGCGGCGGCGGGAGCGCGCACGAGUCGAUCGAGAUGCCUGUCCCGCUGAGGGCGUCGCCGUUCGAGGGCUCCCUGGCCGACCUCAUGGCGGACCAUGCGCCGCCCGCGGAGCCAGCAGAGGCGACCCAGGUCAGGUACCCGGUCGUGGAGAAGGUGGACGAUGGCACGAGUCCGUUGGUGUUCGAGGACGAGCUGGCUGCGCCGACGGCUGUGCAGACGACCGUUGAGCCUGAAGCCGUCGAGGCACAAGAGGAGGAAGCGGCUGCGACCUCUGAGAAAGCCGUGUCACCAAUGGUCCCGCCCACAGAGGCCGCUGCGGCGUCUACCACCGAGAAGGCCGUGUCGCCGGUGGUUCCGGCCGGACCCGACGUUGACGUGGCAGCUGCUACGCCACAAGUUCCUGCCAGGGUCGAGAUGGGCACCUCGCCUCUCGUCUUUUCCUCCACGCCAAUGCCUCUGGAAGUUGAACUUGUCGACGCUCCGGCAGAAGAAGGGCUGGAAGCGCAGGUGGAAGAGCCAAUCUUGGAGCAAGUACAAGAGUUCGAUGAUCCAGCUCCGGAUCAGCCGGCUGAGACAGCCGAAAAAGGCAUUUCGCCGAUGGCGCCGCCGUCAGUCCUUGAGGACGAGGAGGAUGUCUCCCCUGCAUCGACCGUGAAGCCUCUGCCCACUAGGGUCGAUGUGGCAUGCGAGACGGAGCCUGUUGCGGACGAUACCGCCGCGCCUGAACCAGUCGCCGAGGCUGAGCCCUCCGUCGUGGUCGAGCCUUCUCCAAUGCAAGAAGCUCCCGUCCCAACACCUUUAGCGCCCACGGGCGUCUCGGAGGAGAGCGAAGAAACCGACGAGGCCGCCGAAGAGGUGUCGCCUGCGUCGACUGUGAGGCCUCUCCCCGCCAAGAUCGACGUUGGAUGUGGGACGGAACCUGUCGAAGACGCCACUGUCGCACCCGAACCAGUCGUCGACGUCGAGGCUCCUGCGGAAGAGGCCCCUGCGCCCGCCGCAGAGGUUGAGCUCGAAACAGAGCAGGACGAUACCGCACCUCCCCCAGAAGCCUCUGUAAGUGCUGUCUUGCCUCCCUCAAACGAUUGCUGAGCCGUUGGCAGGAGCCCGAACAAGCCGAGGUUGAUACUGCUGCCGACGCGGUACCUGAAUCCAUUGACGAAGAACCAGCAACGGAAGCGCCCCCGGAACUCGCGCGAGACGUUGUUACCCCACCAGAUAGCCCCGCUCCAGUAAGUGAC